ACUUCACAGAACUUAAAUUUGACGUUCUAGAAUUUUGACAAACGAAGAAAAUUUUUGGAAAAUUGUGGCAUUUGGAAAAUAAAGGAGUUGGUAGUUCUUCGGAGAUGGCCUUAGCUUCAAUUUUACGCAACGCUUCGAGAGUGCAAGCCGGAGCCCUACCACGAUUUUUUUUUAAACCUGCGUCAGUAGCAGUCAACAGAAAUUUCUCAUCAUCUUUAUGCCCUAACUAUGCAACAUUUAAUAAGAAUAGCAAUUUGAAUCUCGGUUUAUUUGUACCACAUGGCAAAAUUUUAAUCGCUCCUCAGGCAAGGAUGAUGUCUGGAGACCACAGCAGAUUAUGGCCAAUAGAAAAAGCCCUUUCUGUGAGUUUGUUAGUCCUAGUACCUGCAGCAAUCGCAAGCCCUCAUUUUAUUUUGGAUAAUUUACUCGCAGUUGCAGCAGUGGCACACUUUCACUGGGGACUGGAAGCAGUGGUUAUUGAUUAUGCACGUCCUAUUGUUGUUGGUAAUGUUUUAGCAAAACUAGCACUUUUUUUGCUGUACAUCAUUUCUGCAACAACUUUGGGUGGUCUUAUUUAUUACAACGUUAAUGAAGAUGGUAUUGGUCAAACGAUUAGGCAGUUUUGGGCCAUUAAAGGUUCUGGAAAGGAAAAGACGGCUGAUUCCUCAGGAAGUGAAAAGAAAUAAACAACACUUUACUUCUCUAUUUCAUGAAAUUUUCAUAAACCAUGUUACAAUAAAUUUAAAAAUUAUUUAUGAAAACACUUUGACAUAACAGUAUUGUCAAUAAAUUAACUAUAAUUAUUGUCUUAAA